AUGCCACAGGAUCCAAAGAUGAAAAAUCAAUCGCAUACGGUAGCGCCGGCAGCCACCUUCGUCGAUCGACCUUCGCGUUCUCCUUCGCUGUCUCAUCGCUUUGAUUCAAUUCCACAGCUUAUGUUUCCUGCAUUUCCCUUUUGCUGCAGCAGCUUCGAUGCAAUCGACAUUCUUGUUCUAAUUUCAUCUGAAGAUGCCGUUCUCUUCUGCUAUGUCAAGCCUCCGAGACUCCGUAGCUUCGUUCCAUCGCUUGCUCUCCAUGAGUCCGCCGCCCUCCAUUGUCGAAAUUAAUAAGAUUUUAGGAUCACUUGCAAAGACCACACAUUGCACCACUGCUAUCUCACUUUCUGCGCAGGCGGAAUUGAAAGGAUUCAGACCAUGUUUAGUUACAUUGAACAUUUUGAUCAAUUGCUACUGUCUUGUGGGUGACAUCACUUCUGCUUUCUCUUUACUGGGGAAGACCUUCAAGUGGGGUUAUCGACCAAAUACUAUAACAAUGACUACGUUGAUGAAAGGACUCUGCAUGAAAGAUGUAGGGCAAGCACUCGACUUUCACGAUGACUUGUUGGCAAAAGGAUUUUGCUUAAGCCCAGUUACUUAUGGUACCUUAGUUAGUGGGCUUUGCAAAGCUGCAAAAACAAGAUGUGCUGUCAAAUUGCUCCAAAUGAUGGGGACACGGCAAAUUAAAACUGUGCCCAAUGUUGUCAUAUAUACUAUAGUUAUUGAUGGCCUUUGUAAAGAAGGCCUACUAAGUGAGGCAUCCAAGUUGUGUUCUGAAAUGAUUAGGCAAGGAAUAUCUCCUAAUAUUGUUACCUACAACACUUUAAUCUGUGGUUUCUCUAACACCAGCCAGUUGCAAGAAGCUAUUAGGUUGCUAAAUGAAAUAGUCAUGAAAGGCAUCACUCCUACCCAACAUACCUUUAACAUAUUUAUUGAUGCAUUUUGCAAAAGAGGCAGGACCAUAGAAGCUCAAGCUGUUUUUGCUAAGAUGAUGAAGUGUUGUGUUAAACCUAAUGUUGUUAUCUUCAAUUCUUUGAUGAAUGGCUACUGCAUGAGGAAUGAUUUUAACGAGUCCGUAGCUGUGUUCAAUAAGAUGAUUAGAGCUGAUUUGACACCUACUGUUUGGAGUUACAAUAUAUUGAUCAAUGCACACUGUAAAUUAAAAGGAUGGAUAAAGCCCUGGUUUUGUUUAAUGAGAUGCGCUGUAAAAAUUUGCUGCCUGAUACAGUCACUUACAACUCUCUUAUUGAUGGCUUGUGCAAAGCUAAGAGAAUGUCACAUGUGA